AUGUUUGGAAAUACCUCUAAGCCUUUAUUUGGGGCCCCCCAAACUCCUGGAUUUGGCAGUUCAACUACUCAAAGUGGGCUUUCUUUCGGAGCUUCUGCAACACCAGCCCCUAGUGCCUUUAGCUUUGGUGCUAAGCCGGCAACAACCUCUGCUUUCACUCUUGGUGCUUCGCCUGCUAAAACCACAACGAGUAUCUUUGGUGGGUUUAAUACUGCUACAUCAUCCACUGCUUCCUCAUUCAGUUUUUCCGCAGCCGCAGCAAAACCCUCUUCUUUGUUUGGAAAUACCUUUGGUUCCAAUACUACAUCAUCUAAACCAGGUUCUCUAUUCUCAUUUCAACCUGCUCAGACCACGCAAGCAACUUUCGGGUUUAAAUCGGUAAAUGGUUCAGUGUCGCAAAACGUAGCUGAGCAGCAGCAACAGCUACAAGCUCGCCAAUCUGUCGACGCGUUUUACGCCUCUCUGUCCCAGCCCGUGCUCUUCGGUGACGAAAGGGACAAUGUUGUAGCUCGUUUGAACCAGCUUCAAGCUAUACUCGGAAUGGGAACUGGAUUUUCUGCUCUUGGAACUGUAAACUACAGCCCCGACAACCCUUUUUCUCGUUUCCGGGGCAUCGCCUACAAUGUGUUGCCAACUAGCUCUGAAGCAGAUGGCCUCGUGUGUAUGGAGUUGAAUAAGAACUUUAAUGAUGUCAUUCCGCAGAAGCAGGCUAUUCAGGAUCACAUUUUCAGACUUCUCGGUGGGAGACCGAAUUUACAACUUACUAUUGAGGAAAUUAGACCGUGUGCUAGAUCGGGAACAAGUACCGAGAUUGUUGUGAAAGUUGUUGAACGUCAGGCUUCUGGAACAUCACAUACCAUACCGGCAAGCGAUCUGGCAAAUUUCUUUUGUAGCGCAACUGUGAAGCCCCAACUUGAAUCUCAACUCCUUGUUUGCCGUCUGAUGCCAGAAUUAGCUCCCUCGGCAUCUCAGAUCAAUGCUUAUUUGGAGAUUCCACCAGCGGGUUUUGACAAACGCGUAUGGCAACAGGCUCGUGAAGAGAACCCAGCGCCUAAUCGUCUUAUUCCUGUUCCUGUGAUCGGAUUUGCUGAUCUUAAGCGAAGACGUGAUGAACAGCUUCUGUUUGGUGAACAGCAGCGGAAGUCCGUUAAGCAACUACUUUCCGUCGCCACAAAUCUUCAAACUCAACAGUUAUCUAGCACACAAAAGCUCUCUGAAAUCAAGCGAAAACAAAUUGAGCUCAAUCAUCGCGUUCUCAAGCUCCUAGCUAAACAAACUGUAUCACGUCGUGCUGGGUUUGCUAUUAGCGCCGAGGAAGAAGCUUUGCGUUGCGCUUUAGAGCAUACAUGGGCAGAAAUUGCAGGUCCUCGGGGUCUGCGAGCACGUAUUCAGCAACUCUUGCCUUCUGUUCGCAGCUCGAAGACGUCUGCCAAUGAUGCGGCCAAGAAACAGCAGGUGGAUGGUUCAGAUGGUUGCGAUUUUACGGGUGGUGCAGCAGCCUGGUGGCAGCAUCCAGAUGUAGUGGAUGAUUUGAAAGAGUACUUAACUCAACGAACAGUUGGCAUAAAGGAGAUGCGGCGUCUCCUUACCGAAUUGAACUCUGUUGUACGAAUCUUGUCAGAGAAGAAGUUGAAAGCUCCCAAAGAGAUUGCCGCCGUCACCAGAGUCCCCGGUUUUCCGCCGUUUGGAAUAAAAUCAGAACCCGCUUUGUAA